AUGCUCUUCGAGACGCGGCCCCUGGACCGCCUGGGCUCCCGGCCCUCCGCCCAGGAGCAGAGUCCCCUGGAGCUGCGCUCGGAGAUCCGGGAGCUGAAGGGCGACGUGAAGAAGACGGUGAGGCUGUUCCAGACGGAGCCGCUGUGCGCCAUCCGGGACGCUGAAGGCGCCAUCCACGAGGUCAAGGCCGUGUGCCGGGAGGAGAUCCAGAGCCACGCGGUGAGGUCAGCUCGCUGGCUCUUCGAGACCCGACCUCUGGAUGCCAUCAACCGGGACCCCGGCCAGGUGCGGCUGAUCCGGGGCAUCUCCCUGGAGGAGGGGGCCCGGCCGGAUGUCAGCGCGACCCGCUGGAUCUUCGAGACGCAGCCCCUGGACGCCAUCCGGGAGAUCCUGGUGGACGAGAAGGACUUCCAGCCGUCCCCAGACCUGCUCCCCCCGGGGCCAGAUGUCCGGCAGCAGCGGCACCUGUUUGAGACCCGAGCGCUGGACACGCUCAAGGGGGAGGAGGAGGCUGGGGCGGAGGCCCCGCCCAAAGAGGAAGUAGUCCCUGGGGACGUCCGCUCCACCCUGUGGCUGUUUGAGAUGAAGCCCCAGGACACCCCCAGAGGCCAGGUCCAAGUGGGUCACCUGCAGCGGGUGGGCCCCGGGCAGGGAGAGGGGCUCAUGUGUGCGCAUCUGUCCAGUGACAGCUUCUCGGCACUGUCCCUCCCUCCAAGCGCCCCCCAGAAGGACGGGGUGAAAGGGGACGUGAAGACGUUCAAGAACCUUUUUGAGACCCUUCCCCUGGACAGCAUCGGGCAGGGCGAGCCUUCCACCCCCGGAAACGGGAGCGAAGUAGCAGGAACGGAUUCCGCUGGGCAGGCCCAGGACACGGGGUCCCCGGUGUAUGCCGUGCAGGACGGCAGAGGCCACCUCCACGCCCUGACCUCGGUCAGCAGAGAGCAGGUGGUCGGAGGCGAUGUGCAGGGCUACCGGUGGAUGUUUGAGACGCAGCCUCUGGACCAGCUGGGCCGAAGCCCCAGCACCAUCGACGUGGUGCGGGGCAUCACCCGGCAGGAAGUGGUGGCUGGAGACGUGAGCUCCGCCCGGUGGCUCUUUGAGACCCAGCCCCUGGAGGUAAUCCACCAGCGGGAGCGGCAGGAACGACAGGAAGAGGAAGGAAGGAGCCAGGCAGGGCCCCAGCCGGAGGCACCCCCCAAGGGUGAUGUGCAGACCAUCCGGUGGUUGUUUGAGACAUGCCCGAUGAGUGAGUUGGCAGAUAAGCAGGGGUCAGAGGUCACAGACCCCACAGCUAAGCCCGAGGCGCGGUCCUGCACCUGGAUGUUCGUGCCCCAAACCCUAGACAGGCCAGAAGGCUCCAGGGACCAGCACCUGCAGGUUUGCCAGGUCCGGGAUGGAGAAAGACAGACAGACAGACAUGUCUUUGAGACCGAGCCUCUGCAGGCAUCAGGCGGUCCCUGUGGAAGAGCACCUGUGCGAUACUGCAGCCGCGUGGAGAUUCCUUCAGGGCAGGUGUCUCGUCAGAAGGAGGUGUUCCAGGGCCUGGACGCAGGCAAGAGGGAAGACCAGGGGCCAAGGGCAAUCCCUGAGCCCAUCCCUGUGGGCUCUGUGCACAAGUUCACCUGGCUCUUUGAGAAUUGCCCCAUGGGCUCCCUGGCUGCCGAGAGCAUCCGUGGGGGCGACCUCCAGGAAGAGCAGCCAGUGGGCCCGUCAGGUUCGGUGCCCAAGAGGCAAGAGACUGCAAUCCAGGGGACCCUGAGGACUCUGCAUGCCACGCCUGGCAUCCUGCACUGUGGAGGCAUCCUCAUGGAGGCCCGAGGGCCAGGGGAGCUCUGCCUUGCCAAGUAUGUGCUCCCGGGCCCAGGACAGGGGGCCCCCCACAUAUGGAAGGAGGAGCUGCUAUCUGGCGAGCUUCCCAGGAUUGUCCGCCUAGUGCUGAGCCGGCCAGACGUGGACCAGCAGGGGCUGCUGAUUCAGGAGGACCCUGCGGGCCAUCUCCGGCUCAAGCCCAUGAGGCUUCUAGGAGGCAGCGGGAAUGUGGACGAUCUGGACCCAGAGUUCCAGCAGUUGCUAGCUUGUGGCUUGGGCACCUCGGUGGCGAGGACUGGGCUGGUGAUGCAGGAGACAGAGCAGGGCCUGGUCUCACUGACUGCCUACUCCCUGCAGCCCUGGCUCACCAGCAGGGCCCCCGAGAGGAGCAGUGUGCAGCUGCUGGCCAGCUGCAUAGACAAAGGAGACCUGAGCGGCCUGCACAGCCUGCGGUGGGAGCCACCGGCUGACCCAGUUCCGGUGCCAGCCAGCGAGGAGGCCCAGCGGCUGCCUGCAACGGAGAGCAUCAUUCACGUGCCCCCACUGGACCCCAGCAUGGAGAUGGGGCACCUGAGAGGCCCAGGGGCCGCCCCUGGUACUCCACGGACCAUUGCAAAGAGAAGCCUGCUGGCUGACAAAGAAAAGCAAGAGGACGGUUGUGCUGGGCAGAAAGGGUCGGAAGCUUUGGGAAAGUCGGAAGGAGCCUUGACGACAUCACCAGGGCCCGGGGCAGCAGACCUCCAGGCCGCCAUGCAGGGUCUUCGGAUGGCGACAGCGGAGGCCCAAAGCCUGCAACAGCAAGUGCUGAACAAGCACAAGCAGGGCCCCGCCCCCGGAGCUGUCUCCACACCCUUCCAGGAUGGUCUUCCGCAAGCACCGGCCGCUGCCACUGGGACUGCUCAAAGCAACACCAGGCCUACGGCUGGAGGUGACCCCAGGAUCCCAGCAGCCCCCAAAAAGGUCAGUGGGGAACAGAAAGUACUGCCCACGGGGCUGCCUGGGGGGCGGGUGACUAUUCAGGACGGCAUCUACAAUGCUCACCCCGUGAGGACCUGUGACCUACCUGGGGGUGUUCAGCCCCCUGAGAGGGAACACCCACCCAGGGGCAGGGAGACUGCCCGCUUGGCUCAGGCUUCCAGCCCACUCCACGAAUGCCCAGGUCAGAGUCUUGGGCAAAGCCGGAAAGAACCUGGGGGCUGCACACAGAGAGCCUGGGGGUCUCCAGAGAAAGCCAUGGCCGAAGUCAGCCCCCAAGCUGCAGAGACCACCCUGAAGGCUGCCUCUUCAGCCCAUUACACUCUGACCUCUGGGCCUCCGGCUGCAGGUGCCAGCCUGCAUUCCCAUAAUGCCUCUGAUCCUCCUCCUCCUCUCCCAGCUGCUGUGACAGGACCUGACUUCCCGUCCCAAGCCCACCGUGAUGAGGACUCCAGCUCUGCCAGCCAAAGAAGCCCUAGGGAGUCACAAACAAAGACCCCAAAUCUGGAGCCCACCGUCCCACCAAGAAAGAAGCCCCAGCCGCCCCCCAAACCUGCACACCUAAGCCAGAUCCCCCCUCCUCGGAGGCUGCCCAACCCCUCAGCUCCAUCUCCCAGCUCCUCGCAAGGAAAAUACAAACAGGGUGAGACAGAGGCAGCCACGCCUCGGCCAGCCAAGGUCCCCACCACUACAGGCCAGGGACAUGCAUCUCUGGCUGGAUUCUUCAGUGGUCAGAGCCAGCCUGGCCCUCAGCAUGGUCCCAGCACCAUGGCCCCUGGGCCCACCAAGAGUCAGGCUAUGGGCAGCAAUGUGGCUAUGGGCAGCAAUGUCCAGAGCCCUGAGCCCCCCAAGCUCUCAGCUCUCAACAGUGACCCUACCUCACCACGGCAGGGCCCCGGCACCCCAGGAGAGAAGCUGAUGGAAGGUUCCCAGCAAGGGGCCCCUGAGAGCUGUGAGACUCAGCAGGGAAGCCCGCAAGAGCUCCAGAACCUCCUGAGCCAGGUGCAAGCCCUGGAGAAGGAGGCUGCGAGCAGCAUGGACGUGGGGGCGCUGAGGAGAGUCUUUGAGGCUGUGCCCCAGCUAGAAGGGGCCCAGGCUCCUGCUGCCCCCCAUAAGCCUGAGGCCUCGAUGGAGCAGGCCUUUGGGGAGCUGACGAGAGUCAGCAUGGAGGUCUCCCGGCUGAAGAAACAGACCCUGGCCAGGCUGCUGAGCAUCGAGGAAGCUGUGCACAAGGCCCUCAGCUCCAUGUCCAGCCUCCAGCCCGAGGCUAACACCAGGGGCUAUCCCCAAGGCCCCCCAGAGGACCACGGUGCCUACAAGGUCAGUGUCAUAGACAGCAGUGGAGCCAGGCCCAACUGCUCAGGGGAGAAAGUCAGGGGUCAAACUGCAACCAGGAGCCAACCCGAGGUUACGUGCCACACUGAGGUCCAGAGUCAAGCCGAGGUCAAAAAUCACACAGAAACCGGAGGUCCAGCAGACUCACUCGCGCCUUCCACCAGGAGGAUGGAGACAUUGAGAGAAGAUGCAGGCAUCCCUCCAGUCUCGCCUUCUAGCAGAGAUGCACCCUCCUCCCCAACCUUCAUCUCCUUUAAGUCAGCUGCAAGGAAGCUUCCAGAGGCUCCCAGCCCCGGGGGCAGCCCAGCUGUCUCAGUGCAAAGCGCAUACCUGGCCCAGGAUGUGAGCCAGGCCCCGUUCCACCAGAAAGGUAUCUGGGCCAAGGCUGGGGAAAAGGAGAUCACCCAGGGGUCUGGACAGCCUGGGCCUACCCUUGCCUCAGCCAGCACCCUGCCUGGGGCCCAGAAGAGGGUCCUGGAGCUCCAGACUGGGCCUGGGGGCUCCCAGCGCUGGGAAACCAUGAGAACUGGGACUGAGCAGUACACGGAGGUGGGCCAGUGCGGGAACGCCCUCCUCACACCCUCCACCAUGGCCACGGAGCAGGCAGGGCCCGCGGGGGGCCCAGGUCCCCACCUCGGGCUCCAGGCCUCCCCCUUGCUAAAGCCGUUCCUGCACAGCCCCGCCGAGCUCAGCGGUCACUCCCAGCCUGCAGCCCAGUGA